AUGUUAAAUAAUUCGAAUUCAUUUGAAUCAAAUGAAUAUUUUAUUGAUACAUGUUGUUCAUUUAAUAAAGAUGAUAAAAUAAAUUUAUCUUGUCGUCGAAAUGAAAUAAUUCAUUUAAAUUUAAUUGAAAUAUUUUAUAAUUCAAAUCCAUAUUGUUCAUCAGAAUACAAUUGUUGUAAAUAUCGAACAAAUUGUUCACGUCGUAUAACAAAAUAUUCGAAUUUAAAUUGUAAUGAUAAAAAUUUUUGUUCAAUUGAUAAAAGUUGUUUAAAAAUUUAUGAACCAUGUUCAAAUAUUUAUGGUUUAUAUGGACAAUAUAUAACUAUUUAUUAUUCAUGUUUAACAUUAAAUAAUUCAUAUUCAAAUAGAAAUAAACCAAAUGUUGAAACUUCUUCUUAUUCAUUUCCAUUUAUUCUUAAAUUUUUAACAUCAGAAUCAACAACAAAUAAAAAUUUGAUUAUUGAUAAAAAGCUUUUAUUAUUCAAUAAUUUUAAAUCAUCAAUAUUAUCAUUAAUUUCAAUUAUAUUUAUGUUUCUUUUAGUAAUGUUAAUUAUUUAUUCAUUAGCAGAUCAAAUUGGAAAUAAAUUUUGUCGAAAAAAGUAUUUAAAAAAACAGAAUAAAAUAUCUUUUGAAAAUUGUCGAGAAGAGCAAAAACAAAAAGUUGAAUCCAAUGAUUUAAAACAAAUUAAUGAUAUUUAUUCAACAAAACAAAUAUGUCAAUGUUAUCAACCAUAUUAUAAUUAUAAAUAUCCUUAUAUGUAUUAUCCAAUGAGUCAAAAUGAAAGAUAUCUUCAUAUUCAGCGUCAUCCAACAACAGGACAGAUUUACUCAACAACAUAUAAUCCUUAUUUUAAUCAUUAUACCAAUUGA